AUGGCGCCAUCCAGUGGUACAGGCGUGACCGGAAGUGGUUCGAGCACAAGAACAUCCGGUAUGAUACCAAAUGGUGCCGGAGUCAGUCAGGGCACGGGAGUGGGUGCUAACACCUCAGGAAUGAGAGCCACCAGUGGCUCCAUGGCAACCCCCGCUAUAGCCAACCCGCCAACAGCCAUGGGACAGACAGUACCAGGGUCAAACACCCAAACCCAGCCACCUGCAGGAAAUAACGACAUGAUGACGCUGUUACAGAUGUUAGGCAAUGGGUUAACUAGCAACCUACCGGGACCCAGCAUAGGGUCGGGAGGUGGGACGCCAGCGUCGGUCUCCCCGCCACCUACCCCGGUCAGACCGACGGCGGCAACUCCCUCUACACAGGAUCCAUUCCUAUCCUCUCUACUGGCGGCACUGACCACAACACCAGUUGGUUCAUGA